AUGUCGAACACCAACCCUCAGCCUACCGCCUCUGGGCACGCUUCUGGUGCCCAGCCGAAACAGCUCUCGCUAGCCACGCGCGCCAUUCACAGCGAUGACCACAUCAGCGCUCACCGCGCCAUCGCGCCGGCCAUGCACGUCUCGACGACGUUUGAGUACAGUCGCAACCCAGAUGAUCUCAAGCACUGGGACAAUACCGAUCCCUCGGCUCCCCUCGACUCGCACAUCUACUCCCGCGCCACGGCCCCCAACACGACGCGCCUCGAGGCCAUCCUCUCGUCAGCCCUCAACGGGCCCUCGGUGACCUACGCCUCAGGUCUCGCCGCCUUCCACGCCCUGCUCGUGCGCCUCAACCCGCGCCGCAUCGCCAUCGGGCCCUGCUACCACGGCUGCCUCGGCAUCGUGCGCCUCAUGAACCGCCUCACGGGCCUCGAGGCCUUUGAUCUGCCGCUCGACCCGCACGCCGACUCGGACGUCUGGGCCCAGCUGCGGCCCGGCGACGUCAUCCACGUCGAGACGCCCCUGAAUCCCACGGGCGAGGCCCUCGACCUCGUCGCCUACGCCGAGCGCGCCCGUGCCGCCGGCGCCUACCUCACCGUCGACGCCACCUUUGCGCCGCCGCCCCUGCAGGACCCGCUCGCCCUCGGUGCCGACGUCGUGCUGCACUCGGGCACAAAGUACUUUGGCGGCCACUCGGACAUGCUGUGCGGCGUGCUCACCGUCAACCCGGCGCGCGCCGCCGCCACCGCCGCUGCCGCUGCCGCCGCCUCUGCCGCCGGCAAGGCGACCGAGGAGAAGGAGGACAUGGCGACGCUGCUGCGCUUCGACCGCAUCUUCCUCGGCAGCGUCAUGGGCAGCCUCGAGGGCUGGCUCGGCCUGCGGUCGCUGCGCACCCUCGAGCUCCGCGUCCUGCGCCAGUCGCAGUCGGCCGAGCAGCUCGUGGCCUGGCUCGACGCCGAGGCGCGCCGCGACGGCAGCCCCGCUCGCGCCUCCUGGCUGCGCAAGCAGAUGCCCGGCGGCUUCGGCCCCGUCUUUGCCUUUUACAUGAAGGACAAGAGGCACGCGCGCCGGCUGCCGAGCAAGCUGGGACUGUUCCACCACGCGACGAGCCUCGGCGGCGUCGAGAGCAUCAUCGAGUGGCGAAGGGUCAGCGACGGCGGUUGCGACGAGAGGCUGAUGCGCGUAAGCAUUGGUGUCGAGGGGUGGGAGGACCUGCGGGACGAUCUUGUGGAGGGGUUCGCGGCUCUGAUCAAGGAGGAUGAGACGCCUCUGGAUGAUUUGACGGGGUCUCUCGUCAUCUAG